AAACCAAUGUGGAUGUCUCUGAGGGAAUCUGUUGGGUUGUUAUAUCAGACACUGCUGGCUUUUAUCUAAGAAGCUUCAACUAGAGCAUUAGUCCUUUUGAAACAUUUAUGGACUUCUGCAGCCUGAGACCACUUAACACUGGGGUGGGAGAUAAAAAAAAGAGGAAGUUCUUCAACAUUUCCAAUUCAAGGGGUUGCCGGUGUGGCCUUUCGUUCAACAUUUACUGUAAACCAAUCCAUAGCAUGCUGAACAGCUGUAACCUCCCACCAAAGAGACACUCAGUAUUUGUGAAAGUGGACCCACCCAGCAGCACAUGGACUCUUGGCAGAAGGGGAACAGAGCAACAACAGUUCUCUUUUAGACUGUCCAUAACAGGUUACUGUUUUCAUUAUGGCACGGUGGAUGUUCAGACUGAAAGGUUGCCUUGGCCCUAAUGUAUAUACAGAGGUCCCAGAUGGAGGCUGGGGAUGGAUUGUGGCUGUGGCCUUUUUUCUAGUUGAGGUGUUCACCUAUGGGGUCAUCAAAAGUUUUGGAAUUUUUCUCAAGGAUCUUAUGACUGACUUUGAGGAGAGCAACAGCAGAGUAUCCUGGAUCAUUUCAAUAUGUGUCUUUGUUAUGACUUUUACAGCACCUUUAUCAUCAGUGCUGAGUAAUCGAUUCGGCUUCCAGCCGGUUGUGAUGUUCGGAGGGUUUCUCAUCUCCCUGGGCACAAUCUCCACUGCAUUCACCAGCUCCAUCAAUCAGAUGUACCUCACUAUUGGGAUAGUUGCAGGACUGGGUUACUGUUUGACAUUUCUGCCAACUGUCACAAUCUUGUCCCAGUACUUCAGCAAACGUCGCUCUGUGGUCACCGCCAUGGCCUCCACUGGAGAAUCAUUUGCUAUAUUUGCUUUUGCUCCAGCAUUCACAGCUCUAAAGUAUCACAUUGGCUGGAGAUACACCUUGGUGGUGAUCGGAACAUUGCAGGGAAUCAUCAUUAUCUGUGGAGCAUUGCUUCGACCCAUAGUCAUCAAACCAAAGACAUCUCAAACUGGAAUUGAGCAGAUCACAAACUCUAUUCCCAUAGACCAGCUGAGAAACUCUGGAGAUUUAGAUGUCCUGUCUCCUGACAUGCAUGAAGCUGGCCUCGAAUCUGUUGGGGAGCAGAAGGGUGAGGUGGAGCCACUUCAGGUUCCUCCAAAACAAAAGGACAUUAGUAUGCAAGCUAAAAAUAAGCUCCUGGACUUGACUGUCUUGAAGGAAGGCAGUUUUUUGUGUUAUUCAGCGUUUGGCCUCUUUGCAACGUUGGGAUUCUUUGCUCCACAGCUGUAUGUGGUGGAGCUCAGUGCCAGUAUGGGUACGGAGAGAGACAAGGCUGCCUAUAUGCUGUCGACAAUGGCUAUCGCUGAGAUCUUUGGCCGGCUCUCUAUUGGAUGGGUACUGAACUUGGGGCGGGUUAGAAAAAUCUUUGUACUGCUUGGAUGCGUAUCACUGAUGUGUCUGGCGCUGGUGUUGUUCACCUUGGUACAUGGAUUCUGGGGACUCGUUGUGUGUUGCGUGCUUUACGGCUUCUUGCUCGGAAACAUUGCAUCCACACACAUUCCAAUGUUGGCUGAGGAUGAUGUCAUAGGGAUCAAGAGAAUGCCCUUGGCUGUAGGCGUCUAUGUUUGCAUUCAGAGCUUUGCUGGACUUGCCGGUCCACCUCUAGGAGGUGCCCUUGUGGACAUUACACAAAAUUACAGCUCUGCAUUCUUCUCCUGCGCUGGGGGUAUGGGACUAGGGGCCGUCUUUCUUGCGCUUGUACGCCCAGCAAAGACAGGUCGUCUAUGCAUGAGGAGGGACAAUGGCAGAAACAACCCCGUAGUGCAACAAGAAUCCAAAGACAUGCCAGGGGAUUUUCAAGAGGUGGACAUUAACGUAAACACAGAAAUCAAGUCUUAAAUCAAGGCAUGUAUUUCAGAACUGUAGGAUCAGACCUGUGAUAUUAAAAGAAUGUAGUACUUUAAAGAAAAUCUACAUUUUGAUUUAUAGCAAAUGUUAAGUGAAACUCAUGUCAUACAGUAGUUGUCAUGAAAAUACUCAAGUACGCCAAGAAUGAGCACAAACCUCAAUAAAUUGAGAAGACACAUGUUAGGUGAUACUUCGCUGAUACGCUGGGACUUUUAUUGAUGAAAAGUCCCAUGAAGUCCAUGCAUCUGUGCAAAGAACAGAGAUGAUCUAUGACAGGAAACCACAUUUUAGUGGUUUUAGUGAAUACAGGCAAUGAAUGUAUAAGUGAUGACGAAGAACUGAAGAGUAAAGCCAAGCCAAAGUAAAUGUUGAACAUGAUGGCUGAAGUUAUAACGGUAGAAUGGUAUAAGAAACAGAAACGUUAUAGAAUUUUUUUAUUUAAUGCUUCAUAUACUCAAUUAUUGUUAAGAUCCCCAAUUAUCAUCAAUUAUCCAAUUAUAAUUUUUUCUUUCAAGAGAGUGACAAAUCAGUAUUUAUUAUUUUGCACAACUAGUCAAUUCUGAAUGUUAACUGCGGUAAACAACUUAUUAUUACCAAUACACUACCAGUUGUUUACUAUCAUUGCUCUUCCGUAUGAUUGUUUUCUCCACUGUGAAUUACAUUAGCAUCUCUUUUAUUUAGAGAUCACUGUGCAUACAGUUCACCACAAAGCACAUUAAUGUUAACUGUGAAAUCAAGAAGUAAUGCUACGUCUUCGUAAUAAAUGAGCCACAACUUCAAAUGUGACAGUGUCUGAAAUGAAAAACUUUAUAAUUUACCUCUUACCUCUUAUGUUGUUAUUGAAAAACUGUCACUUGACAGAUCAUUUUGUGUCACAUAAUUUUAUAUAUUUGAGAAAGGGAUUUGUAUUUGCUGUCUUCCAUGGAAUGUUUUUGCAAUAUAUAUUUUAUUUACAAGGCAUAAUAGAUGACUGUCAUGAACUCUUUCAGAUUUUAAAAUAAAGCCAUGUUCAUCUUUU